AGCCGUUGCCCGCUCGGCGUCCUCUGGCUCGUGCGUGCCUCCGCCCGUCCUCCCGCUCGCCCCGACCCUCCGCCGCCGGGCCGCCGAGGCCCCCUCGCACCGACCCCAUGGGCGCGACGAACGGCAAGUGCGCCGCUCCGGGCGCCGGCCCCGUGCCGGAGGGCGCGGAUGGCAAGCCGCUCAUCUUCGUCGUCCCACAUCUUCGACGACGCCACUAUGAAGAAGUACGUUCCGGCGCCAGUCUGCAAGAGGUUCCUCGAGGACACCGUGUCUGGCAAUCCCACCAGCGAGGAGGACCAGCGGGCCAUCGCGGAAGGCAUGUUCAAGUGGGCUCGGGAGAAGGGCUGUACCGAUUUUGCCCACUGGUUCUUCCCGGUCCGCGGCGGCAGCGGUGCCGUGGGCGGUGCCGUGGGCGCCCUCAAGAUGGACACCCUGGUUGACCUCGACUUCAAGUCGGGGAGCGCGAUCAAGCCCUUCUUCGCGACGCUCCCGCACGAGCGCCUGUUCCAGGGCGAGACGGACGGCUCCUCGUUCCCCAACGGCGGCCUGCGCGUGACGCACUCUGCCGCCGCCUUCACGGUGUGGGACCGGACGUCGCCCCCGAUCAUUGCGGGCACCACGCUCCGGAUCCCGUGCUCUUUCCUGACGCACCUGGGGAAGGCGAUCGACGACAAGACGCCGCUCCUGCGCUCGCAGGACGCCGUCAGCGUCCAGGGGAUGCGCUUCCUGAAGGCUCUGGGGCUGGCGUCCGAUGCUAAGUGCCUGCGCUCGUACCUCGGGUGGGAGCAGGAGUUCUUCGUCGUCUCCGCAGACCUGUACAAGAAGCGGCCAGACCUCGUCAACACGGGCCGCACGCUGUUCGGCAAGCUGCCCACACGCGGCCAGCAGAUGGACCUCAACUACUUCGCCCCCGUCCCAGAGCUCGUCGACAAGCUGCUGGUGGAGGUGCAGCAGGAGAUGCUGAAGACGGGCACCCCGAUGGCGGUCCGCCACAACGAGGUUGCUCCAGGGCAGCACGAGAUGUCGCCGAUCUUCGGGUUGGCCAACUGGUCCGCCGACAACAAUGUGUACUUCAUGGAGGUUUGCAACAGGGUGGCAGCCAAGUACAAUCUGAUGGUGCUGUUCCACGAGAAGCCGUUUGCUGGCAUCAACGGCAGUGGCAAGCACGCCAACUGGUCCGUCGGAACUGACACCGGUAUCAAUUUUUUCUACCCAGGUAAGACAGACGAAGCACGCACUAUCUACACUGCGGCCCUGGCCUGCCUCGCUCAUGGCAUCAUGCAGUACAACGAGGUUCUGCGCUGUGCCGUGGCACAUGCAGGCAACGACCACCGCCUCGGAGCCCAGGAGGCGCCCCCGGCCAUCAUCUCGCUCUACCCUGGCACCGGCUUCGAAGCGCACGUGGACGCGGUGAUCGCAGGAGGCCCCCUGAACGAGUUCAAGGCUGAGAAGAAACAGCAGCCCACUGGUUGCAAGGCGUCCAUGGCGGUGGAGUCCAACGUCGAGGAUCGCAACCGCACGGCUCCCUUCCCGUUCUGCGGCAACCGCUACGAGUUCCGCGCGGUGGGCUCGUCGCAGAACUGCUCCUUCCCGGUGAUGAUUUGCAACACGAUAAUGGCCGCCGGCAUGAGCGCGCUCUCCGAUAAGAUCGAGGGCGGCAUGAAGGCGCGCGAUGCCGUGGCCGAGAUGUACAAGCAGAACCGCAAUGUCAUCUUCACCGGCAACGGCUACUCCGCCGAGUGGCCAGCCGAGGCGGCCAAGCGCGGUCUCCCCAACCUCAACACGACACCGAAGGCCAUCAAGCAGUGGGCCUCGAACAAGAACGUUGAGCUCUUCGAGAAGCUUGGCGUCUUCUCGAAGGAGGAGACAAAGGCCAGGGCUGAGGUGAUGUACGAGGCCUACAAUACCACACUCAGCGUCGAGGUCGCCACGAUGGUUGACAUGGUCAAGACUGGGUUCAUGCCGGCGUUUGCACAGGACCUAGCCUUGUACAAAGACGCCCACGACUUGCUGGGUAAUCGGAAGUCGCUGUACGCUUCGGUGAAGACAGAGACCGAAAAGCUGGAGAAGAUGAUGAAGGAGGCUCCUCAUGACAUGGCUGCAGAGGCCGAGUACCUUUGCGAAAAGGUUAAGGUGCAGAUGGUCAAGGUGCGCUCUCUGGUCGAUGAUGCCGAGGGCCUUCUGGAUCAGAAGCUCUAUCCGUACCCGACCUACGAGUCCAUGCUCUACCACCACCACCACUGAGCUUGAGCCGAAGCCGUCGAGUCUGCAGGUAUCGUACUCUUGCGGAGGCUGCGUUUCUGCACGCCCCCGAGGCUCGAGUCCACACUCGUGGGCUGCGUGCCCCAUAUUUAUCAUUUCUGGAGCCCUCCCGCUCCUGUUUUGAAGCGCUCUCCUGGUGGAGCCAGGGGGCCCAGGAGGCAUUCUCCUGGGCGACUCGUGCCUGAGCCCGCGUGCGCACACGAAUGGCCGCGCAGGGUGCUGCUGGAGUGGCGCCGAGCGCCCUGGUGGAGCCUGGGACCUGCCGCAGAUCGGCGGCCAGCGAGGGGGGGGAGCGAGAAGGAGAAGGCCUUCUCAGAAGGCUCGGGAGUCCCCCGUCCUUCCGAUCAGUCACCUGCGCCUUCCCGUGGGCACAGAGCAGAACCUCUCAGAGGGCGCGAGGGCUGCCGAGCAGUCCCGCCGCCUUCUGGCCUCCUCCUCCUCCUCCUCCUCCUCCUCCUCCCUUCUCCUUCUCCCUCCUCC